CCGCUACGUGCAAAACAGGCCGCGUUUAGAACUACAUUUCCCACAACGUAUCAGAACGCUUCCAGUCUUCCACGUGAUCGCCAGGAUUCGCAGACUGCAGACGGACGUAUCCCCAUCAAACUAUUUAACGGUGCACGGGUAUUGUAUCGUCAGGAAUCACUGAAAACAUCAGUAAAUCAGUUCAGAGAGGGAAAAGUUCAUUUGCACCAGAAACAUCAAACAUUUUCCACCUUUUCUCAAAAUUGAGAAAUGACAGAUCGAACGAACAACUUCCCUCCUCUGCCGAAGUUUCUUCACAUAAAGCCAUGUUUUUACCAGAAUGUGGACGAGGAAAUUCCGCAACCCCACCGCCAUCUUGUGCGUCGUAUUUACAAUCUUUGGAUGUUAUACUCUAUCACACUAUGUGUUAAUGUGGUGGCCUGCAUAGCCUGGUGGGCUGGAGGGGGUGGAGCGGUCAACUUUGGUUUUUCGCUCCUUUGGCUGCUGAUUUUCAGCCCAUGCAGCUAUACCUGCUGGUUCAGGCCGCUCUAUAAAGCAUUCAGGGCUGAUAGUUCCUUCAACUUCAUGGCCUUUUUCUUCAUUUUCUUCCUGCAAUGUGUUCUCGCCUUCUUCCAGUGUCUUGGAAUAUCAGGUUGGGGUGCAUGUGGUUGGCUUGCCACAGUGAUGUUUUUCAACACAAAUGUAAUCUCGGCUAUAUUCAUGCUCAUCUGUACUCUGCUCUUUACCGUAGUUACGGUUCUCAUGGUGCUUGUCCUCAUCAAGGUCCAUCGACUAUAUCGUGGUGGAGGAGGCAGUUUUCAGCGGGCACAGGAAGAAUGGAGCACGGGUGCAUGGAAGAACCCCACUGUGAGAGAAGCUGGAUUUAACGCCAUCUCUGAAACCGGCCCAAGCCUGCCUCAGUAUCCAGCCGCUGUGCCCAACUACCCAGAGAGCGGACCCUGGUGAUACCUUUUCUGAACUACAGAUGGAGCAAAAGUUCCACUGUUUGUCUUAAUGUUAAAGGGGCAGUUUGCAGAGGGACCUUACCCAAUAUUUUUGUGCCACUUCAGCCAGAUCACGGACUUGUGAAUGGUUAUUUUGCAUUUGUACAAUCUUUUUUUUUUUUUUAUUGCGAAAAGAUUGAAUGUUAAUCACUCCUCAAAGAAUGUGUAUAAACAUAGUUUCUUUUCUUUUGAGCUAUCAAGAGUAGAUCUCUUGAACACUUUAAAGCUGAUUUAAAUAGAAGUGAAUGAUGAUCGAAAAUGUGUCAAACCCCUGUUCUGGGUACAAAUACUGUCAGAAACAGACGCUAACCAGAAGGUUAAAUGACCAACCAAAAUAAGCAAACUGCUCCUUUAAAGACAUCUCAACACAUACUACUCUCAAACUGACAACAAAAUGGUGGAACAUUAGUACAAAAAUAGCAAAAAAUGGACACUGUAAUAUUACAUUGAUGAAUUGAUUUCCGUUCAUCUGAGCCUUGAUUUUUCAUGUCAUUCCAUUGACUUGUCUGAGAAUGAAAAGAAUAGUUGCGUAUCAGAUUUUUAAAUUAGUCCAUCUUUGAAAGAUCACGUAAAAAGAAAUUGAUAGGAAUGCACAUAUACACACACACACACACACUCUACUAAUCAAAUGUUUUUGAAUGGUAAGAUUUUUUUUAAUGUUUUUAAAAAAAAAUAAAAAAAAGUCUCUUCUGCUCACCAAGGCUUCAUUUAUUUGAUUUAUUUGAAAGAACAGCAUUUAUCUGAAUUAGAACGCUUUUGUAACAUCACUACCGUUCAAAAGUUUGGGGUCAGUAAGAUUCUUGGAAAGAAAUUAAUACUUCUAUUCAGCAAGGAUGCAUUAAAUUGAUCAAAAGUGACAGUAUAGACAUUUAUAAUGUUGCAAAAGCUUUAUAUUUCAGGUAAAUGCUUUUCUUUUGAACUUUCUAUUCAUCAAAUAAUCCUGAAAAAAAAAUUGUACACAACUGUUUUCAACAUUGACAGCUGUAUUUUGGAUCAAAUAAAUGAAGCCUUGGUGAGCAGAAGAAACUUCUUUUAAAAACAUUUAAAAAAAAAAAAAAAAAUCUUACCGUUCAAAAACUUUUGACCGGUAGAGUGUGUGUGUGUGUGUGUGUGUGUGUGUGUGUGUGUAAAAAAAUAAAAUAAAUAUAUAUAUAUAUAUAUAUAUAUAAAUUUUAUAUAUAUAUAUAUAUAUAUAUAUAUAAAUUUUAUAUAUAAUACACAGUCACUUUACUGUUUUAGGGAAAGUGAUUUUUUUGAGAGGGGAAAAAGCAUGUCUGAGUGUUCUUUUCUAAAUCAUGGCAGCUUUUCUAUUUACCUCAAGACAUUCAGUCUUGCAUCACUUCCACUUCAGCGCUUUUGCAGUUACAAAAUUUUUUACUUCGGUUAAUUAUUCACUUAGACUUUUAUGAUUCACAAGCAUGAAUUAAAUGUCUUUGUAAAUGGUAUGAUUUGCAUAUGACACACCCCUUUUAUACACUGCAGCAAAGCAUUGCAGAUUUUUAUAUAUAUAUAUAUAUAUAUAUAUAUAUAUAUUUGACCGGGAAUGUUUCCUUGCAAACACGCCUUGUGCCUGAUGUCUUUCUGUUUAAAGCUUUUCACGUCUUUUGAAACGAAGACCGCCUUAAUUCUUCAUGCCUAUUAAGCAUGUGUGAACCAAUAGCUUUCGAGUUUCCCUCAAGUGCUACAACUUUUAUUAGUGGAUGUUGCUAUAUCCUGUGCUAUUUUUACUAUUGGCUUAUAAAUAUGCAUUUCCCAUUUAUUCCUUCAUUCAUCUCACUGUGUUUACAGUUGUGGUUGGCUGGAGGCUAAGACACUCAUUUUUAAUAUGUGACUUUAUCUUUGGUCCCUUUUGCUCGAGAUCUCCCUCCACAGAGCCACAGGAGGUUGAUUUUGCAAAGUUUAACAACUGGCUUUGUGUAGCCAAUGUAUUUAACAAUCCUGCAUAUGAAAUGUGACUGGAAUAGCUCUCCAACUUCAGUUCAAUAAAAACAUUCCUUUUAAGACAGAA